AUGGACGAUCGAUCGUUGGUGGCGGAACACUGCGCGAAUUCCGAACACAAAUUCUGCUUCAAGAAUGCCGAAAUUCUGGGUCAAGGAAAUGACUUCGUGAUCAGGGAAAUAAUCGAAGCCUGGCACACGGAUAAAGCCUCAAUCAACCGUUGUGUUGCACUUCCCAUGGCAUGCCAAGCUCUUCGAACGCAUCUCAAUGAAGAAAAGAGCAAACGAGACCAUAAACGGAAUGCGUAUCCACAUAAUCGCGAGCCGAUGAUGGACACAUACAUAACUGGGCCACAACCGGAAGUGGCAAUCAUCAGCUCAGCCAGUUCAUCCGGUCAGUCUGCGAUUGUGAAACCAGGUGGAGGCUUGAGCGCAAAAAGGAUUGCCGGCCUAGGGCGACUUCUUCGAUUGAUGGCAGCUGGCGAGCCGAUGGUGGACACACACACAUAG